CACACACAGGUGCAGCUCUCGAUAUGGACAUGGAGGGUAUCCUGCUGCUACUCUUGGUGCUCGCCCGCGCGGCCACCGCCUACGACGAGCGCCGCAGCGUCCCGCUUUCGGGGUCGCUCAGCUCCGUGGGCGGCGGCGAGGAGCACUCCCCGCCGCACUACCGCCCCGGCUCCCAGGCGUACGUGAUCUCGCAGCUGGUGAAGCCGAAGCCCCCGCACCAGUACUGGGCGGAGGAGACGGCGGCGGGCGUACCCCCGGAGCGCCGCAACUGUCUGCUGUGCGAGGCGCAGGAUUCCGGCGCCUGCCGCGCCAUGCCCUCGUGCGUGCACUGCGAGCCCACCGUCACCGCGCUGUGCGAGCGCGGCGCGCCCUGCCUGCGCUGCACCGUGAUCAAGAACCCGUUCUUCAAGUGCGUGCCGGGCGAGAAGUACAUGGACGAGUGCGACUCGUGCCGCUGCACGGACGGCCACGGCGGCUGGUGCACUAACCAGUUCUGCGAGUUCCGCGCGCUGCACCUCUACGCCAUGAAGCUCUCCGACGGCGAGUUCUACUGACGAGGACCUCGUACUCACACAGUAAACUACUCGUUGUUUACGUGUUACUUAUA